UUUUAAAUUAUAUAAACUCUCUGCAUAUUCUAAUGAACAGGUUUAAAGAAUAAUCGUUCUAUUUAUUUUGUAAAAUUUUUAUGUUUAAAGGAGUAGAUCUAUGUUCUUAUACCUCCCUUCCAUUGAGCACAGAUCUAUGGCAUUUGGUCACAACAGGAUAACAUGACGUUGCGCGCGAAAAUCGAGAGAUCGAUUAAUCGUUCUGCGUCGCGACAGCCAUUGACUGCAUUUGUCUGCUGCGUAUGCAUGCUGUGGUAGUGGUAUUGCGUUUUUGUGUUAUGCUUUCGAUUUCUCAUAAAAUCACCUAAAGAAGUGACAAAUAUGCCGAAGUCGAUACCUGAAAAGUGGUUGGAAUAUAAACCAUAUGGUUCUGUAAUUAAUGAUACAAAAAUUUUGCCGUUCAAAGUACCUCUGAAAGAGACUGUGAGCAACAAUUUAGAGCCCGAACAACGAUUCACAACGUCGAUACUACUACAAGCGGUUCCGCGUCUCAAGUAUAUCAUCGACCUGACAAACACAGAUCGGUACUAUGACGAAAAGGAAUUUACAAACUGUGGCGUUAAAUAUGAAAAGAUUAUGGUGCGUGGGCGGGAAAUUCCCACCAUGGAUGUCGUGAAAAAAUUCUUUAAAACGAUGGAUGAUUUUAUGUCAGCUUGUGGCGAAGAUGAUCUUGUGGGUGUUCACUGUACACACGGUAUAAAUCGUUCUGGGUACCUUAUUUGCAGAUAUCUCAUACAGCAAUUAGGUUGGGAAAUUGAAGACAGUUUAAAAGCAUUCGAGGAGGCUCGUGGUUACCCCAUCGAGCGUGAAAUAUACAUAAACGCGCUGAAGAGAACGCCGCGCGAGAAAAUUGAUACCUCUAAGAUCGGUUUAUCGAAUCCUAUAUCGUCCGAGGUAAUAAGCAAUAGACCGAUGCGUUUCAAGCACACCACCAGACACACAUCGUACACAAUGGGACCGCCCGGUUUCGUACCACCGAGACGCGGUUUCGUAAAGGACGGUCCAUUUUCACCGCCACACUUCGGUUUUGGCGGUCCUCCUCCGCCAGGAUUCCGUCCCAUACCACCGCCACCUGGUAUGCCAUCGAUUCCACCGCCAUCCGGUCCUCCACCCAUUUACGGACCGAGGCCGUUCAGAUACGGACCACCGCCGAGACCAGCGAUGCCUCCACCGCCACCUAGGCCAGGCUUUCCUCUUCCAUGUUUCCCGCCACCCUGUCCGUCGAGGACUCCCGGGGGCGGAAGUAGAUUACCACCACCCGGUGUACCGACUCGACUACCACCACCCAAGAUGCCACCACCUCCACCACCGCAGCCAGCACCCUCGCGACCGGUCGCCCUCAAGCGGAUACCGAGCCAAAAGAGGAAGUCCCACGUAAGAAAUGGCAUAGUGUCGUUGUCUAGGAACCCAGUUAGCCUAAUCAGACGGAACGUCCAGACGAGUAGGAUACUUCCGAAAUUACUGAAGGAACAGGACUUCACGGUAGACACGUUCGAGGAGAAUUUACUGGCUGUCUCGAGCCAGCCUCGCAGACGGCCAUCGAAAGGAAGAUACAAUCAGAACAAGUGACGACGAGCUGUAUAGGUGGCACGGUAUUAUUUUUGAAACGUACAAUAUUCUCUGUAACUCGACAUCGCCUAGGCAUCGCAGAUUUUUCAUUUUUUUUUCUUUUUUUUUUUUUUCUU